AUGGUUAUCGUGCAUUUUUUCACUGCCGUCUUGGCAGUAUUCACACUUCUCAUUGGUGCCGGGGCUACCCCUUUUUCCACCCCUCCCUCCAACAUUUCGAUCAAUGAACACAAACACCCAGCCACCGUACCAGGCACUUACGACUGUAGUGGAAGCCACAUGUGCACCACUCUGCAGGUAAGAUGGUGCGACAAAGCGGUCAACGAAAAGCUCUAUCGGACGGACGAUGUAAUUUAUGGGUCGCGCUCGUCCCCCGUUGAAUACAAAGGAGCCUGUGGUACCGCCUACUCCCCUCUCGGCUGCGGGGUGACAAUCGAAGGUGGCCCAGAGUGCAUGGCGACUGGCAAUCAGAUCUGGUGGCAUUACCAAGAUAUUCGAUCUAAGGGUAACUGUACGGUAUGCGGCCACAAGUACUGGGAUUGGGGGGAUUGCGUGACAACCGUCAAUUACGUCCGAGACUGUUUACCAUGA